ACAAGAUCCAGCGGCAGAGUGCCGAAACAUGGCCAUUCUUCAGGUCCUCUCGCACCUCUGCUGAAGUGGGGGAGCACCUUGCUACCAUAUUGGUCAGCCACAUUUCAGGCGCUCAAAGCUCAGGCACGAUGAAGCUGAACUUGGGCGCACUGGGCAACGUGGACCGCGCAGAGCUGAAGCGUGACGGGCUGACGCUGUUCAGCAAGCUCAUCCGCACCAAGAAUGUGGAGUCGAUGCAGGGCGACGCGGCGCCGGCCACCAAGGGCGCCCCCGCCGUCGUCACGACCCGCUCCGACGCCGACCACCCCGAGAAGAAGCUCAAGCUCAAGAAGUGCCUGACGACGCUGGACCUGACCUCGCUGGGAGUGGGGUCCUGCGUGGGCACCGGCAUGUACCUGGUGGCCGGCAUGGUCGCAAAGUCCGUGGCCGGGCCCGGGGUCAUCUUCUCCUUCAUCAUAGCCGCCAUCGCCUCCAUCUUCUCUGGCGCGUGCUAUGCGGAGUUCGGCGUGCGGGUCCCGCACACGACGGGCUCGGCCUACAUGUACUCGUACGUGACGGUGGGCGAGCUGGUGGCGUUCGUGAUCGGCUGGAACAUGGUGCUGGAGUACCUGAUCGGCACGGCGGCCUGCGCCUGCGCGCUCUCCGCCUGCCUGGACGCCCUCGCCGGCGGCGCCGUGUCGCGGGGCGUCGCCUCCAGCGUCGGCACAAUGUUCGGUCGGCCGCCGGACUUCCUGGCGUGCCUCAUCACGCUGCUGAUGACGCUGCUGAUGGCGGCCGGCGUCAAGAAGUCGCUCAUCUUCAACAACGUGCUCAACGCCAUCAACCUGGCCGUCUGGGUGUUCAUCAUGUCGGCCGGCCUCUUCUACGUCGACGGCCGCAACUGGUCCGAGCACAAGGGCUUCCUGCCCUUCGGCUGGUCCGGGGUGCUGACGGGGGCGGCGACCUGCUUCUACGCCUUCAUCGGCUUCGACAUCAUCGCGACGACCGGCGAGGAGGCGACCAACCCGCGCCGCUCCAUCCCGCUGGCCAUCGUCGCGUCGCUCGUCGUCAUCCUCAUCGCCUACGUCACCUCCUCCAUGAUGCUCACGCUCAUCGUGCCGUACAACAAGGUGGACGCCGACUCGGCGCUGGUCGAGAUGUUCGGCCAGGUGGGCGCCUACAAGUGCAAGUGCAUCGUGGCCGUGGGCGCGCUCGCCGGACUCACCGUCUCCAUGUUCGGCUCCAUGUUCCCCAUGCCGCGCAUCGUCUACGCCAUGGCCCAGGACGGACUCAUCUUCCGGACACUGUCUCGCGUGUGGCAGGCUACGGGAACCCCAGCCAUAGCAACCUUCAGCUCUGGGAUAGCCGCUGCGUUGGCAGCCCUGCUCAUCCAGCUUGAGGUGCUGGUCGAGAUGAUGUCCAUUGGGACGCUGCUGGCGUACACGCUGGUGUCGACGUGCGUGCUCAUCCUGCGCUACCAGCCGCACUCCACCAACCUGGUGGAGCUGCUGCCCCAGUCGCUGCGGACGCCCAUCCGCGGCUCGCCCACCAAGGAGAACCUCAGCAACGGACAGGUGCUGUACGGAAACCAGCUGCAGCCGGACCAGCUGCGAGCGGCGCUGGGAGGCAGCGGUGGCAGCGUCGGCGGAGCCACGACGCUGGGUACGGGCGUGGGCGUGGCGGCGCCCGGCGUCGGCAUGGGCGGCGUCGGCGUGGUGGGGCAGCCGCCCCUCUCGCACCACGGCGCCCACCACCAGCGCGUCAUGGUGCGCCGCGUCACCCGCAGAUCUGACGUGACGCGCCAUCUUUGUGUGUUCUGCAGCUCCCCGGACAGCGACGACACGUACCCGGGCGAGGAGCCCGAGGAAGAUUUGUCGAUGCGGGACGACCAGUUCCUGGUGUCCGACCGCAGCGAGAACAAGUUCUACGGCUCGCUGCACGGCGCCGGCGGGGGCGGCGGGGGCGGCCUGGGGCUCGGGCUCGGCGGCGGCUCCGGCCUGGGGGCGGGCGUCUCCGCCCCCGGCCUCGGCUACAUCGGACGCCGCCUCCACGCGGCGACGUACCUGUGCCCGGCCAUCUUCCCCUGGGUGGAUACGGGCCCGGCCACCGAGGAGUCGGGCAUGUUCGUGAUGAAGAUGGUGGGCGUGCUGUACGUGCUGAUCCUGAUCUUGGACGUCACGGUGGCCGCCUCCGGGGGCAGCGGAGGCUCCUGGCUGGCUGCGGCCCUCUCCAUCACCGUGCUCGCCAUCGUCGGCGUGCUGCUCGCCAUCUCGAGGAAGCCCCAGAACAGGAAGACGUUGCUCUUCAUGACACCAGGCUUGCCAUUCGUGCCAGCAGUGGCUGUCACUGUCAACAUCUACCUCAUCUUCAAGCUCUCCAUCCUCACACUGGUGCGCUUCACCGUCUGGAUGGCCAUCGGCUUUGGUGUGUACUUCUACUACGGCAUCAAACAUAGCACACUGGAGGAGGAAGAACAACAGAGACUCCGUGAAGAACAAGAGGAGGAGGAGCAGCGCUCCGUGUCCGGCAUCCAGGGGGGCAUCGGCGGAGGCUCCGACACCGGGGGCGGCAUCGAGAUGUCCGUGUCGCCCGCCAGGCAGACGCCCCAGGUGCCAGUGCAGACCGCGGGCUCGGCACCCGUAGCGGCGACUGGCAGGGCCUCCGAUCUGUUCGUUCCGCCGACCCAUUUUCCGACGUGGGACGAUUGAGGCGGUGGCCGUCGUGGAGGCAGGACCGUAGCAGCUGGGGUUCGGGGCCCUGCUCUGACGUGCCACAGACCGAGCGAGUGGUGAAUGGCGAGUGAGGUGACCGGCAGCUGUGGCGGGCGAGACUGUGGGGGCGGUAUGACCGGUGCCCGGGUUCCCGGUGCCUGCUCGCGUAUGGGGUCAGUGACGAGAUGGACUGCGUGGAGUGUGGUGUCUGGGGAGUCUGCAUACGUCAAACGGUGCACGGAACAUCCCCGUCUUCGGUCUGCUGACAAACUGGCUGAAGCAGCCUGGAAAACUGUCUCAUCGUGUGAAGCAGUGAUCGGCAGUGAAUUUGACUGUCGAACGACUGCAGAUUCGCCAGUUACUUAGCUGACAUAGAGGCAAUAUGAACAGCUGUGAUGUAGCACAGAGGAUCCAUUUUGAUGUGUCAGGGGAUGGCUCUAGACUCCACUGUCCAGCUCCUUUUCUGAGGAACAUCUUGGGUUGUUGUAACUGGAGUAUUUCCUAGCAUUUACUGCUUGAUUUCAGUCAUCAAACCUUGCUGUGAUGUAAAUGUUGAGACCUUACACUCAUUCGUAAUGAAAGCUACUGACAUGCUUGUGCAACUGUGUUUUGUGUAGAGGUGUUCAGUUAUGCCCUGAUAAUUGCAGCAAUAUUAAUUUCCAGAACUUUUUGGUAAUACAGUUAAAAGAGGUAACAGCACCAAAACUGUCCGUGCAAAACACCUCAGAGUGAGGGAAUGUGACAGUGUUGAUGGUGAUCUGACCAUCACAUUUCCACAGCCUUUCUUGAUGAGGUGACACUUCUCCCAUUGUCUCUCACUGCCAUCAACAAUACAAAAACAGUAAUAUAUAUAUAUCAUCUCACCAAUGUCUCCUACACAAAUAUAUGUUACACAACACUUGCACUUCACAAUGAAGAAGUGCACAAAUAAAGAUAACCAUCCUCUUUAAUCAACUAAACCCUCAGGCGUCACCUAAUUCCACAGUGUAAUGUGACAGUAACAGAGAAUCAAUACAUACACGCAUUAGCUGCUGAACUUGUAAGAUGGCACGUAAUUCCCACUACUUGGCCAGUUGUUCACAAUGUCAUUCUUACAUCGUAUGAACUAUGAAAUCCGAUUACCGUUGCUGUUGUAGAGGAAACUCCGUCAUGUUUCAGUGGCGCAUAACAGUGUGCAACUGUGCACUGACUAAGUACUGGUAAUUCACUCCUACUCAUCACACUUAGGCCGUAUGUGUAGAAUACCAAUAUACAAGCUGAAACUGUCAGAAGAAGGAAAUAAAAUACUGUUCAUAGUACUUUACCUAUGAAAUACUGGUAAGCUGAUGGGUACAAUAGGUCUUUUCAGAAACUGGCCCCUCAUCUGCCAAGACUGAAUGGCUGACAAUGAAUGAAAGUUAUCUUAUAUGCAGGAAUGAGUGUAAGGUAACUGAAGAUAUCGAAGAUACCAUGUACGUAGUUGUAAUGUGCACAAAAUGGUUAAUGCAGAAACAAAACCAAUUUUUCAGUUUUUCAUAUAAAAGUAUUGGACACACAAUACUGGGAAAUCAAAGUAAAAAGUAUAUUUUGAUAAUGAAGCUAGUUUUGAUUUAUUUCGGCAGGAAUCUAUAACAUUUAAUACAUGUCGCUUUUUGGGACAGUAGUGGAUCCCUGUAUCUUGCUGACGAUUAUGGCCUGGAUUGGCACGCAAACGUCACUGACUGUAAAAAAUUAGUAUUGACAAGUACUGACGUAUAGGUAGUGUUCAUCUUGCUAUCUUUACAUCUGCAUCACAGCUGUCCAAAUCAAAAAUAAUACUGCAUCUUGAUCUAUACCAGCACUGAAUUUCAUGUACCAGUAGAGCCCUCGUAGGUAAUUUGCUGGCCUCAUUCAGCAGUAGUACUGGCAAGUGCCAAGGCUUCCAUCUUGUAGAGGAUGAACAAAGUAUACCAACAGAGCACAACGCAGCUUCAAGUUCCCACUUAGCCUUCCAUCCUGGAAUAUAAAAUGUGUGGGAAAGCUCACCCCAUACUGAGCAGGCACAAUAUCCAAUGCAUUGAUGAAACCUUGUUUCUUUGAGGACUAUGUGAGAGAAGCGAGUAUUUUUUCUUGUUUACUAGCUGUAAAUCCCUAGUUAAGUUUCUAGUUUCUCCUAGAAGUAAACUUAAAAAUGCAUGUCUUCUUACUUUUUAACUAUCUCUUGAUGACUGGAAAUGUGUCCUUUUUUUUUAAGUGAUGGAGAAUCUUUUUCAAUCAUGUUAGUCACAUUAUGAAUCAUUGGUUGCUGAUUAGAGGAAGAAAGUGACUGGUCAGUGUUCAUGACACACUGAUGUAAUUUUUUCUAUUCUUUAUCAGUGUCUUCUACAACAAAGAUUCAACAAAGUGUGAAUUCAUUGACGAUAUAUUUUUGGUA